AUGGAUCGAUUAUUGCCAAAUGGACACGCCCCAUGUGAAGAAUGCGGAUCUCGUUCUAAGUUCACACAAAAGGAAGAUCAGAAGCUAAUAAAGCUUGUACAAGAAUCUGGGAGGAAUCCCAACUGGAGAGAGAUUUCCAACAUAAUGCAAACAAGAACCCCAAGACAAUGCAGGGAAAGGUAUCAAAAUUACCUUUGCCCUCGAAUUAACCACAAAGAUUUCACCCAGGAAGAGGACGAAUUAAUUCUCAAACAAUUUUCAAUUCAUGGAAAUAAAUGGAACGCCAUCGCAAAAAUGUUUAGAGGAAGGACAGGUAAUAUGAUUCGCAAUAGAUGGCAGACUUUAAUCCGAAAGGCUAACAAAAAGAAGAGCAAAUCCGGCCGAAAGAAGCAUGAGACAAAGAAAUUAAUUGAAAAGCCUAAAGUUAUAAAUAUCGUUGAGCCUAAAUCUGCAGCUCCAUCUCAACCAAACGUAUUUGAUGCCCUAUUUACGAUGAUGGAUUACGAUCAAAUCUUAAAUGAUGACCAAUUCCUUAUGUCAUUUGUUGGAAAAUCAGCCAAUGCAUGA